CUUACAAAUUAAGAUACCUUUACCAGUUAGACGGAGUAAAUGAUGAACAAAAUAAGUUAUAUUUUACUUGCAGGAUUUCAUAGUGUUUCUUCACUGUGGUAUUAAUACUUUUACCUAAGUAAGGGAUAUUAAUACUUCUUCUUGGGUUAAUCUCACUAAAAGCAGCCCAUAAAUGCAUUGAUAAGGAAGUAACAAAAUAAGUUAAGUGCCCCGAUAAACAUUCCUGUUGUGAUCUUGCAAUAUACUAAUUUAUAUAAAUCGUUAUCACCGCAAUAAAGAAACAUGUCAUUGCCAUUUCUACAUUGUAGAUAAGAUAGGAUUUUAUUUAUUUAACAUAGAUGGUCACAUUAAUGUACACAUUAACAGUAUUUGGUAUAAGGUAUAGCAAAAAAGACGUAGUGGCAGAUACGUAAUUGCACGUUAUUUAUCGAACAUUAUUAAUAAUAAUAAUAAUAAUAAUAUUGCACAAUUGUUGUAUAGAAGAGUGUUUUGUAAUGAUGGUAAAGGUAUGGUAUUUAGCUUUGUGCAUAUGACAAUAAAACCUUUGAAUCUUAUGGAGAAAAAAACAUUUCUCCACAGCAGCAGCAGGGAGCAGUGAAGAGCAUCAAGGCUGAAUGAACAGCAUGAAAAACAGCACCAGAAGAAAGCAGGGGGUGUUUCACGAGUAUACUCCUUUCUACUUAAACCGACAUUUCGGAGUCAUUCUGCCUUCCUUAGGUGGACAGUAACCCGCAUUGUCUACCACACCUUGCAUCCAGAGUUAUUAUGGACACCAGGAAGACAGUCGAUCCUCCAGAGGGUACCGGGCAGACGGACGAACUGCUGCCCGCUCAGAAGCUCUCCAAGGCGGAUGGAAAGAGACACAUCGCCGCGCUGAUCCUGGCCCGCGGAGGAAGUAAAGGGAUACCCCUGAAAAACAUCAAGAUGCUGGCCGGAGUUCCUCUGCUCGGAUGGGUCCUCCGGGCUGCUGUGGACUCUGGGAUGUUUCAGAGUGUUUGGGUGUCCACCGACCACGAUGAGAUUGAAAAGGUGGCGAAAGCUUGGGGAGCGCAGGUCCACCGCAGGAGUCCGGAGGUUUCCAAAGACUCUUCUUCAUCCCUGGAUACCAUCCAGGAGUUCUCCAGACUCACUCCGGAGGUGGAUGUGAUCUGCCACCUCCAGGCGACGUCCCCCUGCCUCCACCCGUUCCACCUGAAGGAGGCGCUGGAGAUGAUUACGGAGCAGGGAUACGACUCGGUGUUCUCCGUGGUGCGCAGACACCAGUUUCGCUGGAAGGAGGUCAAGCAAGGAU